AUGCCGACCUCACCCACCAAGAUCACCAGAGCCCGGCAAGAGCAAUGGCUUGACCAACAAUGGGGAGGCAAGCGUUGGCUCCUCGACGAGGUCCGCUCCGCGCAUGAAAACCCCCCCAAGCAGAACGAACUCAGUGGCAGUGCAGUCGAGUCCCUGGUCAAGAUCACUAAACUUGCGCAAGAAAAAGGCAUCGAGCUGCCAUCCCUGUGGAGUCAGGCCCCACCCUACAAUGUCCUUUGGACCGGCGUUAGCCGGCAUCCCAGAGAGUCUCUCCGGUUGACUAAGGAGAUCGCGAGAGCCGCCCUCACUAACCUCAAAGCAAUUGUGCGUUCUCAGAGUCCUCAAGAAGCUGGCGGCCCAUCAGAGGGAAUCACUUUAGAGUCCCGAGAGACUGAACCUGAUGCCUGUGUGUACGUGGGAAGUGACCAUGUUGAGAGCGACAGCAGCGAUGAUGACGACAUUGAGGCCAUCACUAAACCCAUGCGAAGCCCAAGUGUCAUCUUGGGUGGUUGCCCCGGGUCGCCAGUCAAAUCGCCAACCAAGGUCGUGGGAAACAACGACAAGAGAACCUCUCCGAUCUCCGCUUUCAGUUACCAGGAACCCCGAGAGCAGAGAUCAGCUGUUUCUAACAACCCCUCUGAAGCCCGACCCCCACAAAUGAACAUUUCUCGUCAUUUCACCCAACCACCAGCUGUCACUUCGUCUAAGCGCAAAAGAGAGAAAGAAUCCAGUGCGAUGAACCCACAGCGAUCCACGAAGCGUGCCGAAACGUCUAAGGGAGAAGAAGAGGUGGUCGACCCAGCCACCACUAUUUAUAAGCAGCUCACCACCAAUGUGAAACUCAUGGAUAUCACACUCCAAUUCCUGACCAAAGCUCUCGUUUCUUGGUACCCUUUGGAACAAGGAAAGGUCAAACUCCUCGACCCUCUCUGGUUCAAAGUUGACGGUACAACUGCUGGCCACAACAUCAAGCUCGACGGGUAUACCAUGCUUUGCUUCCCGAUCCAUCAUCAAAAGCCUAAGCAUUGGACCUUGGCCAUCGUUGAAAUCGACCACGAUGCGAACUCGAUGGUACUCAAUCACCAUGACUCGACCGAGGGCAAAGACCGGUUCAAUGCCGUGUGCGAUAGCUUCCAGAAAUGGAAUGAGACCGUCGGACACAAGUUCCAGCUGCGAUUCAACAAUGUCACCGCUUGCACUCCACAACAGGAUAACAUCAGCUGCGGAAUUCACGUCCUGUCCUGUCUAGGACACGCCCUGAGAAACAAACCCUGCCCCAAAUCGCUCAAUCCGAAUCGCCAGCGCAGAUAUCUCAUCAAAAAGAUCAAGGAAUCUAAGUCUUACGACGGCGACUAUCUCCUACAGGAAGUCAAGAAAGUAAUUGAAAAGCAGGAGCAUAGAAUGCUAAUGGAACAUGUUCGAAAAAAGACGCCCGAGUCUCUCGAAACGGAUAGACAUCUUGCGGCUAUUGCCGCAGACCGCGCCCGUGAUGGCCUAAGAGAUGCCCAGGCCACGCUGAGCCGCCUUCAAAUCGAGCAGGACACUUUGGCCGAAGCACUGACCCGCAUGGAUGCUGCUGUAGAGAUUAAAUCCGAGCCCGUUCGUCAUUUGAGCCUCGAACCCUUGGACCGCCUGCGAGGUGACAACCAAGAUGCCCUUUCUGCCCACAUGAGUCAAUACAACAAGACGCUGAUGGACCAGAGCUUCGCCAAUGGGUCUGAGAUAGGCAGAAAGAUCCUUCACGAACAUUACGAGGAGAUCGUUGAGAAACUGAAGCAAACUGAAAAGGACAUUGCUCAGAAACAGGAAGAACUUGAUGAGGCAACAAAGGAUGUGGAUAUCAAGGCUCAGAUGUGUGACCUGAAGGAGAACAUGGACACCGUUCUGAAGCUGAAUGGGUCUUUCCUUUGGAACAAUUGGUUUGAGCGGGCGUCGAACUAG